AUGAAAAUGAAUCAAUGUAAGAUUGAUUUUCUUGAUCUACCUACUGAAAUAUUAGUUAUUAUUUUAAAAAAGCUCAAUAACAUAGAUGUUCUUUAUUCAUUAUUUGACGUUAAUAAUCAACGUCUUAACAACAUAAUAGAAGAAAAUACUUUCACUAAUACUCUCAAUUUUGUAUUACCAACAUUAACUGAUGAUAUUUUAUCAAUUUCUGAUCGAAUGCUUGAUAGAUUCUGCAUGAAUAUAUUGCCAAAAAUUCAUCAUAAUGUUAAAUCUCUUAUUCUUAAUUCAUUAUUUAUGGAACGUAUUCUUGUUGUUGCUGAUUAUCCUAAUUUAAGUGAACUUAAACUCUUCAAAUUUAAUGGUAAAAUUGCUUCACAUUAUUUUACAGUAAAAUCACCAUUUCGACGUAUUUUUCAACGACAAAUUACAGACCUUAUUCUUGUAUUUGAAAAUGAUUAUAAUGAAGAAUUAUGUGAACAUUAUACAACAGAUGUUUAUGGAUUUAUCUUCGAAUUCUUCAAAAAUUUAAAACAUUUAUCUAUUAUUGAAUUAUGUCCUAACUCUUUUCCACCUCUAUUACUUCAUAAUUUACCCUCAACUACUUGCUACUCUUCAACUCUUUACAAAUUAUGUAUUAAUGUUAUGUAUUAUGAUGAUUUACUUGCUUUACUCGAUGGUCGUCUCAAACAAUUAAAUACAUUAAAUGUCACUAUUACUGAACAGGAUUAUUAUUUAACACAUAUUUACAAUAUGAAUAAUCUACCUGAUUUGAAAUGUUUUUAUUUACAAUCUGGUUGUUUCAAUGGUACAUAUUAUGGUCACGUUUUAUCUCUUUUACAUCGUAUGUCAAACAUUGAAGCAUUAAAUUUACAUCUUACUAUUGAUAAUCAAACAACAUUUAUUGAUGGUAAACAUAUUUAUAAUGAAUUUAUUGUUCAUAUGUCACGACUUCGUACAUUUAAUUUUUAUUUUUAUACUUUUAUUCUAUUGAAUAAAUCAGUUAAUAAUUUAUCUAAAGAUGACAUUCUACAAACUUUUCCUAAUAUUAUAUAUCAACAAGUGGACUGUAUGUUCGAUUAUAGAUAUAAUGAUAUCAAAUAUCAUCUAUUUUCAUUACCAUUUAUGUUUGAUUAUCUUCCUUUUAUUGAUAAUGUAUUUCCAAGUAUUAUAUUCGACCAUGUUAUAAGGUUGUUGGUGGAUGAUGAAACUCCAUUCGAACAUGAAUUUUUCAUGAGAAUUGCUUGCUCUUUUCCUUUACUUAAAAUAUUAUCUAUUUACAAUCGUUUGCCACAAUUAACAAUAUCAAAUAAAUUAAUCUCUAAUGAUAAUCAAUUAUGUUCAACAAUUAUUAAAUAUCCUUAUCUUACUUCACUUGAUCUUCAAUUUGCUCAUGAAGAUUAUAUUGAACAAUUUCUUAAUGAUCAAAAAACAUACUUACGUCAUCUAACCAAAUUAAAGGUUACUGACUAUGGGUUAAUAAGUGUUACAAGAAAUUUUACAAACGAAAGAACACGACUCAAUUGUAUGAACGUGAAACAAUUAAAUAUAAGUCCCAAAAUAAGUAUACAUUCAGAAGAUUUCUAUGCUUAUUUUCCUUCAUUGUAA